GGCGAAGCUCGAAACAGACGCCAACAGCUGACGCACAUUCACAGAUCAAGGUGAGGCUCCCUCGAAGCGCGCCCGCACGGCCUACACAAGCGCUCAGCUCGUAGAGCUGGAGAAAGAAUUCCACUUCAACCGCUACCUCUGCAGACCAAGGAGAAUCGAGAUGGCCGCCAUGUUGAAUCUGACCGAGCGCCAAAUCAAAAUAUGGUUCCAAAAUAGACGCAUGAAAUACAAGAAGGAUCAGAAAUUAAAAACCGACCGCGAGAAACCGCGAGACUCCGUCGACGGGAAAGAGGAGAAGAGUAACGACAGCGCGACGAAAUCGUCGACGACGACGAAGACGGGAGUGUCGCUAGCUAGCAGGUCCGCCUGUGACAACGCCGCCGCUGCCAACAACGACGACUCGUCACCGCUGUCGGUAUCAGCGGCAGGUCCGUGUGCUGCCUCGCACUCGGCAUUGUCGCACAACGUCAAUACUAAACCGCAAACAUCCGUCAUUCAGCAUCGUGCGCGGGAGAACGCCAAGCCAGCCAACUCAGCGCGACAUCAGCUUCAGCAUCCUCAUCCUCCUCAGCAUCCUCAUCCUCCUCAUCCUCAUCCUCCUCUGCAGCAGCAGCAGCAGCAGACGCUGCAGCGAGCGGCGCGGUUCGCAGCGUCGUACGGUAAUAACGGUGUGUCGUGCAGUCCGCCGCUGCCGCCGCCGCCGCCGCCGCCGCCGUCACACGCGCCCGCUCACAUCGCUGUCACCCCGAUCUCGAUCUCUACAACCUGCAACCAGCUAGCGACCCCCCGGACACUGUCGCCCGUGUACAACCUCACUCAACACGCUCAGGGAAUAUUCAACGAUGCUCCAAAGCUGACGCAUUUGUGAAUAGCAUGAAUAUUAACGGCCGCACACCGUACCGCGGCGCUGGUGACGGCGACGGCGGUUGUAAUAUAAUAGCAAGUGUAAGUUUUGCCAAAUAUUGCAAAAAUUUUCUUGCCGAGAGAACGUUGAAGGGUUGUCAGUAAGUGAUAGGGCCACCUAUACUGCAGCUGUCGCUCUUCUCCAGACGCGAGAGCGCGGUUGCUCUGCGUGCUGCCAUGAGAUACACAUGUUUUUCAAAGGGCUGUGUUUAAUCCGAAUGUGUACAACACAUGUACGAUCAACAUAACAUUCCUCGUUUAGCUGGCUUGUAACAGUUCGUGUAUUGUUCACUGUCGCCUUAUCACCGACCAACGAAACGAACGCAAUUCGGUCUCAAGAGGUAGCAGAAGAGGAUGAGGAGGAGGAGAAGGGGGAGGAGGGAGAGGAGGGAGAGGAUGGGGAGAGAAGGAAGAGGAAGAGGAAGAGGGGGGAAGGUAAUGUGAGAGGAUGUCUUUGGCUUGCCCCGAUCACGCUCGUUCUCCUCUAUAUAGUUGUGACCGUUUAGUUUUCACCGUGGUAGUAGCUUACCUCUAAAGAAUCGUGAGGGGUUUAGACCGUAAACCACGGGCCAUGCGAGGGGGCGUACGUAUGUGUGUGGGUUGGUAUCUGCAUGUUCGUGCGUUACCGUGCGCGUGUGCGUGCGUGUGUUCAAUGCGUGUGUGCGUGCGUGCGUGUGCGUGUAUGUAUAUAUGCGAAAGUAAUCGAGAGAGACGGAGAGAGAGCGCGAGAGUGGCAGAGAGAGAGCGCGCGCGAGAGAAAGACGGAGAAACGGGAAGAGU